CAAAAUGGCUCGUAAUUCAGAAAAAGCUAUGACAGCAUUAGCUCGUUGGAGACAAUUACAAUUAAAAGAACAAGGAAAACUUCGUGUUGAUCGUCGUCCACAUUUAGCUAGUGAAGAAUUAAAUGUAAAAAAAGCUGAGAAAUGGCGAUAUCAAGUUGUACGUGAAAUAGCUCGAAAAGUAGCACAGAUUCAAAAUGCCGGUCUUGGUGAAUAUAAAAUUCGUGAUCUUAAUGAUGAAAUUAAUAAACUGCUACGUGAAAAAUCUCAUUGGGAAGAUCGUGUGAAAGAACUUGGUGGGACGGAUUUUAAAAAAACAGCACCAAAAAUGCUUGAUAAUGAAGGAAAGGAAGUACCUGGUAAUCGUGGUUACAAAUAUUUCGGUGCUGCAAAAGAUUUACCCGGUGUACGAGAAUUAUUCGAACAAGAAGGAGUAUCACAACCAAAAAAAACAUCGUGGUGA